GCGCAGUGGAUUGUGGGUAGGUCCUCGGGUCGGCCAUUAGCAGUGUUUCUCCGCGGCUGAAGGAGAGGACAGAGUCAUGACGGGAUUCAGAGGUUUCGCUCAUCUCUCCAGACGCUGUUACGCCUCCGCCAGGAGGAGCGAGGCGCUGACCGAACCUCUGCUGACCCGAAAGCCCGCCGCUCCACCAGCCCUCACGCCACAGGACGUCCAGGUGUCCAAGCUUCCCAGCGGCCUCCUGGUGGCCUCUCUGGAGAACUACUCCCCCGUCUCUAAAGUCGGCGUGUUUGUGAAAGCCGGGAGUCGAUAUGAAACCGUGGAAAACCUUGGAGCCACUCACAUGCUGCGGUUAGCGGGCAAUCUGACCACUAAAGGUGCGUCCGCCUUCAGGAUCUGUCGGGGUCUGGAGGCAGCGGGAGCCAGUUUGAGCGUGACGUCUUCGAGGGAACACAUGGUGUAUUCUCUGGACUGUCUGCGGGAUGAUUUUGAGGGCAUGAUCGAGUACCUGAUCAAUGUGACCACUGCUCCGGACUUCAGACCCUGGGAGUUGUCGGACCUCUCGCCGAGGAUCCAGAUCGACAAGGCCGUUGCAGACCAGAGCCCACAGAUCGGUGUUAUUGAGAAGCUGCAUGAAGCGGCGUAUAAGCACGCGUUAUCCAACUCGCUGUACUGUCCAGACCACAUGGUGGGGAGGAUCGGCGUUGAUCAUCUGCAGAAGUUCUUCGCUGAUAAUUACACCAGUGCCAGGAUGGCUCUUGUUGGAUUAGGAGUGAGUCAUGCUGCUCUGAGGAAGGUGGGAGAGCAGUUGAGCGGACUCUCAGGGGCCGGAGCACCAGGAGCCGCAGCCGUUUACCGUGGCGGAGAGCUGCGUGUGCAGAAUGGAGGAGGGCUGGUCCACGCGCUGAUGGCCUGUGAGGGGGCCGUGACGGGCUCCGCCGAGGCCAACGCCUUCAGUGUCCUGCAAAGGCUUCUGGGAGCCGGACCACACGUCAAGAGAGGGUCUAACGUCACCAGCAGACUCAGCCAGGGCAUCGCCAAGGCCACCGCUCAGCCCUUCGAUGCCACGGCUUUCAGCUCCACGUACUCGGACUCUGGGCUCUUCGGGGUGUACAUCAUCUCUCAGGCAGACUCGGCCCGCGAGGUGAUCAAUGCAGCCGUGGCACAGGUGACGGCUGUGGCUGAAGGUAAACUCACCGAGGAGGAUCUGACCAGAGCAAAGACCCAGCUGAAGGCGGAUUACCUGAUGUCCCUGGAGAGUUCGGAGGGUCUUCUGGAGGAGAUGGGUGUUCAGGUGAUCAGCAGCGGCUCCUACAGCUCACCAGAGUCUGUCGCGCAGGCCAUCGACUCCCUCACCGCCAGCGACGUGCUCAAAGCUGCAAAGAAGUUUGUUGAGGGCAAGAAGACCAUGUCAAGUUGUGGACAUCUGGCCAACACACCAUUUGUUGAUGAAUUGUGAGGGGAAAGUCCUAGUAUAAAGUGCACACAUUGUGCUGCUGCUUCCUCGAGUGUAAAAAUAAUCCUGAUUACUGUUGACGGUUGUAUUUUUUUUGGUCUGUUCAUCAUGAAGUCUGGUCUUUAGUAACGGUGUACUGAGAACACAGCCAUCCUUUUCACUGUAUAUGUGCUGUACAUUCAUUAAAGCAAGUCUAUUGGUCAUGAA